AUGAAUCUGUGGACCAAGAUUCUUGUAUCAAUUUAUGCUCUUGGAGCUAAGGGUCAGAAUGACACGCUUGGGCUCAGUGAUGGAUAUGCCUCGUUUUCCACAACCAAUUUUGAUAUCAAGCUGGUCAAAAAUUCUCAAAUUCUUGCGUCUCUAAAACCCGCUGGGACUAGCUUUGACUUUUUACCUUUCGACAUGAUUACAAACCGAGCAGCGAAUGGACAAUACCACAAUGGAGAUAUUACCUACCGCUACCGAAUAUCUGGGGCGACAGAUUGGCUGGCUGGUGACUCGUCAGCUGCCAGGAAGCCGAUUAAGAUUGUUAGUUCUAGUGAUCUCGCUGCAGCCGAUCUGACUCCAUCACUCCCAUUGAAAUCUCCAAUUCGUGUAAUACGAACAUGGUCUAACAUCGAUGGCGAUCUUGGUCUUACAUUCACGUUGACAAACACAGGGAAUCAGAGUCUCGAGAUAGGCAGUUUGGGGUUCCCAACGGAGUUCAACAGUAUUUUCACGAGUCGCACAGCCGAGGAUAUGGCUGCAAAAUGUUCGCUCACCGAUCCUUACAUCGGCAUGGAUGCGGGAUAUCUCCAGAUCACCCCAACAUCUGGAACGGGCGCGGCCUUGAUUGUGACUCCACUAGUUAAUACGAGCACUCCGUUCGAGGCAUGGCGGAAUCUCGAUGAAUCCAGCGUUGCACCACUCUAUUAUGGAAGCCAGACCUUCGAAGGGUUCUACGAAUGGCAGACACACACCAAAGCAUAUUCUGAAAACGAGUGGGCUGGUGCUACACCAUGGAAUCAGCCUUCUUCUAAAGUCUUGUUGCCUAGCCAGUCAAUCACGUAUGGACUGCUGUUUUCAAUUGUCACAGAUGGUAUUCGUGGGAUCCAAAAUGCUGUGCGAGACACCAAAACACCCUUGACUAUUGGGAUCCCGGGUUAUGUUGUCCCGGCAGACCUUACAGCCCAGUUACAUGUCUUGCACUCGAAUUCGAUCUCGAGAGUUGAGUCCGAAGGGGCUGCAUUUGAAAUUACCCAACAAACAAGCAACAAGCUCGCUCUGACUCCUACAGGAGCAGUUUGGGGCCGAACCAAAGUGACUAUCACAUAUGUCGAUGGCAAAGUCCAAACAGUCCACUACUUCAUCACAGACUCCGCCCCAACGGUCAUCACUAAGCUUGGCAAAUUUACGACCACAUCCAUGUGGUUCGACGAAACAAACGACCCAUUUGGUCGCGCCCCGUCCGUUAUUACUUGGGAUCAUUCAACGGCGGCGCAAGUCCUCCAAGAGCCGCGAGUCUGGAUCGCCGGGCUCAGUGAUGAAGGCGGCGUGAUCUAUCUCGCAGGCGCCAUGAAGCAAUUCGCCCUAGCCGACGCCUCAGAGGUGAUCAAAUUAGAGCAAUUCACGGAGGAUGUGCUAUCCACGAAAAUUCAAAAUCCCGAUUUCACCAUCCGCAAAAGCAUUUUUUUCUACGAGCCGGAGCAAGUCCCAAACUACCAGUAUGAUCAGUCGAUUGACUGGAGCAACUGGUGGUCGUGGAAUAAAAAUUCUUCAUAUGCGACAGACAGGGCGUACGACUACAUCCAUGUGAUCGGCGCAUAUUGGGCGCUGUAUCGCGCCGGGCGUGCCAAUGAGUCGCUUUUGAGAAUCCACGACUGGCAGUGGUAUCUAAGCCAGGCCUACAACACUACCGUCACUUGCUUUGCGACAGACUCUUCAGGGACGGGGCUGAUUGGCUACUCACGCCUAGGGCUGAUGGGCGAGACUGUUGUCGGAGAACUACUUGCGGAUCUUCGACGCGAGGACUGGACGAGCGAGGCCAAUGCGGUCGAAGCGGCUAUGAAGCUUCGCGCGGAGGCUUGGGCCUCUGAGGCAGUACCUUACGGGAGUGAGAUGGCGUGGGACUCGACGGGGCAAGAGGGUAUAUACUACUGGAGCAACUACUUCAAUCUCACGGCAACCGCGACAAAGACAAUUAACAGUAUCAUUGGAUACAUGCCCACCGUAUCACAUUGGGGCUGGAAUGGGAAUGCAAGGCGAUACUGGGAUUUUAUCUAUGCUGGAAAGCUGCAGCGCAUCGAGCGCAUGAUCCACCAUUACGGAUCCGGCCUCAACGCCCUGCCCCUUCUGGCGCAAUUCCGUCAAGAUGCCAACGAUACGUAUCUCCUACGCGUGGGCUACGGUGGCAUCAGCGGCCCGCUGAGCAACAUCCGGCAAGACGGGUCCAUGUACAAUGGCUUCCACUCGUUCCCCGAAACUCUCCGCGGGGAUGACUAUUCAGGUGACUAUGGGCCUAACUUCCUAGGCAUGAUGCUCGGAUCGGGUGUGUAUGUCGUCGACGACCCCGACAUCGGCCUGGUAGCAUAUGGUGGCAAUAUAGACGUGUCAGGUCGUACUGUCACUGUGCACCCACGAGACGCCGUACGUAGGCGGGUCUAUGUUGCGCAAAUGGGCGUCUAUGUCAUCCUCAGCGCGGGCCAGAUCGAGAGUCUCGCGCUCGACACAUCGGAUUUCUCGUCACUGAAGCUACGCCUCGUGCCCGGUCCGGCGGAAUAUACUUCAGCGAUUUUAUGGGUGGAGACGCCCGGCACAACUGACAUUUACUCUGUGAGCGGGGCGACGCAAAAGCAGCGAGAUGGCUGGUUAGUGGAGCUUGGUUCUGAAGGGGCUGACGUGACCGUAUUGAAAGUGUAG